UGGAGGUAGCGUUUUAUCUUCAGUCAGAGUUUGGUUGAAAGGUUGAGGUCUUUCUGUGAGGAGGGUAGAGAGGGUAUAGCGUCUCCUAUCGGGACCUUGGAUCUGUGAACAGAGGACAGAGCAGGAUUCCUAUAGUGACACAUGGUCCAGAGUGACAGGGACAUCUGCUGCAGCGCCAGCCCAGGGACAGGGAGAGGAAAGGGGGGGGGACACUGGGGCGCUGGACAUUCCUUUCACAGGGGUGCGGAGGGAGCAGAUAUUCUGGGAUACCGCUGCCAGCACUUCGCAGGGAGACGUGUUUCUGCAGCGUUUUUCGAAAGCAGAAUUUCUUCGGGAAGUGAACUGUGAACUCUUAAAGGUGUUACUGUUGGAUCGAGGAAGUAGGGAGGGACACGUUUGGUUUUCCUUUCGCCUCGUCCUCAACGUGAUUAGGUAUGAAGGUGUUAGUUGGCUGGUCCUUUAAAGUCCUGGAUCCAGUUUCCUCCCAGUCAUCCUGACCCGUCGCCUGCCGGAGCUGAGAGAGUUGGAUCAGAGAGAGAGAUAUAGAGACCAACUGGAUCAGAGAGAGAGAUAUAGAGACCAACUGGAUCAGACAGAGAGAUAUAGAGACCAACUGGAUCAGAGAGAGAGAUAUAGAGACCUACUGGAUCAGAGAGAGAGAUAUAGAGACCUACUGGAUCAGAGAGAGAGAUAUAGAGACCUACUGGAUCAGAGAGAGAGAUAUAGAGACCAACUGGAUCAGAGAGAGAGAUAUAGAGACCUACUGGAUCAGAGAGAGAGAUAUAGAGACCUACUGGAUCAGAGAGAGAGAUAUAGAGACCUACUGGAUCAGAGAGAGAGGCCUAGUACCACAGAGAGGAACGUCAGAGAAUCGUAGAUCGUUAGAGGAUCCUCAGUCUUUACGACCAGAUCUUUCUUAAUGUAACUCACUGUACAUGGGCAAGGAACUACUUUCUUAACGUAACUCACUGUACAUGGGCAAGGAUCUACUUUCUUGGUCCUCCACUGAAAGCCAAACAACACCUAAACGGAUGAAUAUUUUUAUGAGGCACCUCCUUGUAGCAGAGAUGGGCCAGGACCAAACCAAGCAGCAGGUAGAGAAAGGCUUAAAGCUGUAUCAGGCCAAUCAGACUGACAAAGCCCUGCAUGUCUGGACCAAGGUGCUGGAGAAGACCUCAGACCCCGGGGGGAAGUUCAGAGUGCUGGGCUGUCUCAUCACCGCCCACUCUGAGAUGGGGAAGUAUAAAGAGAUGCUCAAGUAUGCCUUGGCCCAGAUAGACACAGCCAGGGAGAUGGAGGACCCAGACUACCUGACUGAGGGCUACCUGAACCUGGCUAGGAGCAACGAGAAGCUGUGUGACUUCCAGAAGACUGUGUCCUACUGUAAGACCUGCCUGAACAUGCAGGGAACUACUGUCAGUCUGCAACUUAACGGACAGGUGUGUCUGAGCAUGGGCAACGCGUUCCUGGGCGUCAGUGUGUUCCAGAAGGCUCUAGAGAGCUAUGAGAAGGCCCUGCGCUACGCCCACAACAACGAUGACAAGAUGCUGGAGUCUAGAGUCUGCUGCAGCCUGGGGAACUUCUACAUCCAGCUCAAGGACUAUGAGAAGGCCCUGUUCUUCCCGUGUAAAGCGGCUGAGCUGGUGAAUGACUACGGUAAAGGCUGGAGUCUGAAGUACAGGGCCAUGAGCCAGUACCACAUGUCUGUAGCCUACAGGAAACUGGACCGUCUGCCUGAUGCCAUGGAGUGCUGUGAGGAGUCCAUGAAGAUAGCCCUGCAGCACGGGGACCGACCUCUCCAGGCGCUGUGCUUACUGAACUUCGCUGAUAUCCAUCGCUGCCGGAAUGACGUUGAUAAAGCAUUGCCUCGUUAUGAGUCCUCCAUGUGUAUAAUGACAGAGAUUGGGAACCGUCUUGGCCAGACCCAGGUCUACCUGGGGGUAGGGAAGUGUUGGCUCCAGCAGAAAGAAUUAGACAAGGCUCUGGAUGCUCUGCAGCGAGCUCAGGAGUUGUCAGAAGCUUUAGGAACCAAGCUGUGUAGUCUAAAAGUGCACUGUCUCAGUGAGGGGAUCUACCGCAGUAAGGAGAGGCAGGAGGAGCUGAGGGAGCAGGUUGUGAAGUUCCUGCAGUGUGUGGAGGAGCUGGAGCUGUACUGUGGAAUGUGUGGCGAGUCCAUAGGAGAGAAGAACCAACAGCUGCAGGCUCUGCCCUGCUCUCACAUCUUCCACCUCCAGUGUCUACAGAACAAUGGUUCCAGGGGCUGCCCCAAAUGUCGUCGGUCCUCCAUGAAGCCUGGGUUUGUGUGAGGUUACGAGGCACGGUGCCUGGGAGUUGAGGACACUAUGUGAAGCCCCGACCUCAGUCACAUAGGAGAGCCAGACUGCACUUCUGAAUUGGCAGACUGCUGAACACAUAUCUGAAUGUCCUAACUAAACUGAUCACAGACUCGGAUACGGUUUGUUAUCCAGUUUGUUAUCCGGCUACGGUGUUCAGAGGAUGUGCCACAGAAACAGGCACCAACCAGCCCAUUACCUCGUCCCCGGGCUACUUACUACCGACCGAGCGAGAGCUGGCUGGUAGACAAGACUAACAAUCCCAGGGUGAGGACAGACAGGACUGUACUUCAAGACACAGUCACAGUUCAAAGGUCACCACUCCACCGGUUUUGUACAGUGACCAUGUCUCCUUAGACGGAUGAGGAUACAGUGAUAGCUUUAUUACACUGUUGUACAUGAUUUACUGUUGUUUGUUUUGUCAGAGGGUGAGGAGGAAGAAAUCCAAUAUACUUCUUAGUUUUGUGGACGUCUGUUUUAGAUCUGAUAGUUUAGCAUAACGUUCACUUUACUUUGGGUUAGGGUACGCUGGAAGAUUAAUUGCAAUCAUGUAAUUGGAAAUUAUGUUAAACGUUAUUGUUUGGGAUAAAGUGAAAUCACUAGGAUUUUGGCCACACGUUCUAUUAUUCAAAUGUAACAAAAUUGCAUUUUAAAUAAAUUUUAAAUAUACCCCAUCGAAAGGCAAAUUGAGCUAUAUGUUCUCUAUAAAUGAUUACUGUAAAGUAAUGGCCAUAUGUCAUGAACAUAUUUCUCUACAAUUGUUUUAUCAUCAGUUCUCAGUGAACGUAGUCCAAUCACAGUCGAGAACACUUCAACUAAAGAACUCACGAAGAUCAAAUGGACGGUCAGGAUACACUUGUGUUCGUUUGACUGUAGCGUUUGAUAAAAAUAUUAGAACUAUAAACUAGUAUUUGUCCUUAUUGCAGGGGUAUGCAGUUUCCCCUUUUUUUCAACUUACAGUUAAGUUGAAUUUUCACUUAGUCUCCCAUUAACAUCAGUGCAUGACUAAGUGAAAAUUGAACUCAAGCGGAAGUUAGGAUUCACCCCUAAGUGACAAAGGAGCAGUUCAACCCACAUUGUGUUAUUCAUUAUUAGGUGAGCUUGCUGAAGGCAAAAGCACAACUCUAGAUUAUUAUUAUUAUUAUUCUGUCCGCUCUAGAGCUUAAACAAUUUAAGCUAUAAACAUGAAAACAACUUGCGAAUGUGCAGACUGCCCUAGCUUAGAUUGCUUGAGAACAUGUUUUUGAUAGCAUUUAUAACUAUAAUAUAAUAUUUAGAUGAGCUCCCAAUGCGUUUCAAUGAAAGAGAAAAAGGUCCGUUAGACUUGAUAAAGAAAUGAAAACUUCUAAACCCAUCUCCUCUUUCACUGUUUAAGCCUUCAACUCCACCACUACUAUAACCAGUCACUACCACUACUAUAACUAUAACCAGUCACUACCACUACUAUAACCAGUCACUACCACUACUAUAACUAUAACCAGUCACUACCAUUACUACUGUAGACACUACCACUACCACUACUAUAACCAGUCACUACCACUACUAUAACCAGUCACUACCAUUACUACUGUAGUCACUACCACUACUAUAACCAGUCACUACUACUACUAUAACCAGUUACUACCACCACUAUCACCAGUCACUACCAUUACUACUGUAGUCACUACCACUACUAUAACCAGUCACUACCAUUACUACUGUAGUCACUACCACUACUAUAACCAGUCACUACCACUACUAUAACCAGUCACUACCAUUACUACUGUAGUCACUACCACUACUAUAACCAGUCACUACCACUACUAUAACCAGUCACUACCAUUACUACUGUAGACACUACCACUACUAUAACCAGUCACUGCCACUACUAUAACUAUAACCAGUCACUACCAUUACUACUGUAGACACUACCACAACUCCAAACCAGAUGUUCAGACUGGCCCAACUUAGUAUGAAAACUCCUUUGAUAAGCAAUCUGCCUAUACUUUAGGAACUGUAGCCGUUUCAAAUGUGCAUAGAUUAGCAUGGGUUUGAAUGAGACCCAUGGGAAUACAGAGGCAGCUGUUCAAAAAGAUACUGCUCCUUGGACAAUUAAGCUAAAAGACUAACUUUAAAACACUCAGGCUAUCCUAACUUCACAUGAUUUAACAUCUUUAUCAAGUAUAACUAUAUAAAAUAGCACACAACUAUUGACCACAAGACUACUGAUGACAACUACUGACCACAUCCAUACUGUAGUGCCCAAAGAGCCUGCAACCCAAUCACACAACUACUGACCACAUCCAUACUGUAGGCCCAAAGAGCCUGCAACCCAAUCACACAACUACUGACCACAUGCAUACUGUAGUGCCCAAAGAGCCUGCAACCCAAUCACACAACUACUGACCACAUGCAUACUGUAGUGCCCAAAGAGCCUGCAACCCAAUCACACAACUACUGACCACAUGCAUACUGUAGUGCCCAAAGAGCCUGCAACCCAAUCACACAACUACUGACCACAUGCAUACUGUAGGCCCAAAGAGCCUGCAACCCAAUCACACAACUACUGACCACAACUAACUGCUCUGGUCUGCACUAUAAAUUAUAAUUAUUUAAAUGUUCUACAUUUGCAUAUAAUACCCACCAACGGUUCAAGAUAGAGACACCAAACCCAAUUUCGAAUGCUCAGGAUACCCUAUCCUGUCAAUCUAUCUUUUCAUCUACCUACUUUUUCAACUUUAACCAGUCACUACCAUUACUACUGUACACACUACCACUACUAUAACCAGUCACUACCAUUACUACUGUAGACACUACUACUACUAUAACCAGUCACUACCACUACUAUAACCAGUCACUACCAUUACUACUGUACACACUACCACUACUAUAACCAGUCACUACCACUACUAUAACCAGUCACUACCAUUACUAUAACUAUAACCAGUCACUACCACUACUAUAACUAUAACCAGUCACUACCACUACCACUACUAUAACCAGUCACUACCACUACUAUAACCAGUCACUACCAUUACUACUGUAGACACUACCACUACUAUAACCAGUCAAUCAAUCAAUCAAAUUUUAUUUAUAUAGCCCUUCGUACAUCAGCUGAUAUCUCAAAGUGCUGUACAGAAACCCAGCCUAAAACCCCAAACAGCAAGCAAUGCAGGUGUAGAAGCACGGUGGCUAGGAAAAACUCCCUAGAAAGGCCAAAACCUAGGAAGAAACCUAGAGAGGAACCAGGCUAUGUGGGGUGGCCAGUCCUCUUCUGGCUGUGCCGGGUGGAGAUUAUAACAGAACAUGGCCAAGAUGUUCAAAUGUUCAUAAAUGACCAGCAUGGUCAAAUAAUAGUAAGGCAGAACAGUUGAAACUGGAGCAGCAGCAUGGCCAGGUGGACUGGGGACAGCAAGGAGUCAUCAUGUCAGGUAGUCCUGGGGCACGGUCCUAGGGCUCAGGUCCUCCGAGAGAGAGAAAGAAAGAAGGAGAGAAUUAGAGAACGCACACUUAGAUUCACACAGGACACCGAAUAGGACAGGAGAAUUACUUCAGAUAUAACAAAUGGACCCUUUGUUAUAGCCAGCCCCCCAACACAAAAUAGUGGUCACUACCAUUACUACUGUAGACACUACCACUACUAUAACCAGUCACUACCACCACUAUAACUAUAACCAGUCACCACCAUUACUACUCUAUACACUACCACCACUAUAACCAGUCACUACCACUACUAUAACUAUAACCAGUCACUACCACUACUAUAACCAGACACUCCCACUACUAUAACUAUAACCAGUCACUACCACUACUAUAACUAUAACCAGUCACUACCACUACUAUAACCAGUCACUACCACUACUAUAACUAUAACCAGUCACUACCACUACUAUAACCAGACACUACCACUACUAUAACCAGUCACUACCACUACUAUAACCAGUCACUACCACUACUAUAACUAUAACCAGUCACUACCACUACUAUAACUAUAACCAGUCACUACCACUACUAUAACCAGUCACUACCACCACUAUAACUAUAACCAGUCACUACCACUACUAUAACUAUAACCAGUCACUACCACCACUAUAACUAUAACCAGUCACUACCACUACUAUAACUAUAACCAGUCACUACCACUACUAUAACUAUAACCAGUCACUACCACCACUAUAAUUAUAACCAGUCACUACCACUACUACUGUAGUCACUACCACUACUAUAACUAUAACCAGUCACUACCACUACUAUAACUAUAACCAGUCACUACCACUACUAUAACUAUAACCAGUCACUACCACUACUAUAACCAGUCACUACCAUUACUAUAACCAGUCACAACCAUUACUAUAACCAGUCACUACCACUACCACUACUAUAACUAUAACCAGUCACUACCACUACUAUAACCAGUCACUACCACUACUAUAACCAGUCACUACCACUACUAUAACCAGUCACUACCACUACCAUAACCAGUCACUACCACUACUAUAACCAGUCACUACCACUACUAUAACCAGUCACUACCAUUACUAUAACCAGUCACUACCAUUACUAUAACCAGUCACUACCACUACCAUUACUAUAACUAUAACCAGUCACUACCACUACCACUACUAUAACUAUAACCAGUCACUACCACUACUAUAACCAGUCACUACCACUACUAUAACCAGUCACUACCACUACUAUAACCAGUCACUACCACUACCAUAACCAGUUACUACCACUACUAUAACUAUAACCAGUCACUACCAUUACUAUAACUAUAACCAGUCACUACCACUACUAUAACUAUAACCAGUCACUACCAUUACUAUAACCAGUCACUAGCAUUACUAUAACCAGUCACUACCAUUACUAUAACCAGUCACUACCACUACUAUAACUAUAACCAGUCACUAUCACUACUAUAACCAGUCACUACCACUACUAUAACUAUAACCAGUCACUACCACUACUAUAACCAGUCAGUACCACUACUAUAACUAUAACCAGUCACUACCAUUACUAUAACUAUAACCAGUCACUCCCACUACUAUAACCAGUCACUACCACUACUAUAACCAGUCACUACCACCACUAUAACCAGUCACUACCACCACUAUAACCAGUCACUACCAUUACUAUAACCAGUCACUACCACUACUAUAACCAGUCACUACUACUACUAUAACCAGUCACUACCACUACUAUAACCAGUCACUACCAUUACUAUAACCAGUCACUACCAUUACUAUAACCAGUCACUACCACUACUAUAACCAGACACUACCACUACUAUAACUAUAACCAGUCACUACCACUACCA